AUGGGGAGUGCUUCCUUUAUUCCUUCUGAGAUGGUUAAGAUAACGGUUUUUAUGAGUCUCCUAUGCUUUAGUUUCAGUCUUUAUGAGUGCAAAGGGUGUCUAGAGGAGGAGAGGAUUGCUCUCUUACAACUUUGGGAUUCUUUCAACCCACAUGGUUCUGAUGUUUAUACGAAGUUGGAGGAAGAUGAUUGUUGUCAAUGGUUUUUUGUAAAGUGCGACUUGUUUAAUUCGACAAACCGUGUGGUUAUCAUUUAUCUUUCCUACCAAAGCUAUACUACAGGGCUGGGAACAUUGUACCCGAAUGCUUCUUUGUUUACUCAAUUCAGAGAGUUACGAUCUCUAUACUUAGAUGGUAACAAUAUCGGAGGUUGGAUUAUGCCAGAAGCAUUAUGUGAACUACAGAAUCUAAAAGUGUUGUCUCUAAGUGAGAAUAGUCUAAACGAUUCAGGCCUUCCAAGAUGUCUUGCACGUGACCUUCCAUUUUUGAAAUAUAUUUCCUUACAGGGAAAUUUUUUCAACCUAUCAUUUCCUCUUUUAUCAGCAUUAUGUGGUUCAAGGAAUCUCCGGGUGUUGGAUCUAAGCCAUAAUAUUGUAAGUAAUGGAGGUUUUCCACCUUGCAUGUUGGGUACAUUCUCUUUGUUGGAAAGACUCUCUUUACAGAAUUUUACUCUUGAACAAUCGCCUAAUGUCCUAACAGCAUUAGAAGGAGCAAGAAAUCUUCGACACUUGGAUCUAAGAUACAACAAUCUCAGUGAUGGAAGUCUAAAAGCAUUAUGUGGAGCAAGGAAUCUCAAGACAUUGCAUUUAGGUCAUAGCAGUCUCAAUGUGGAAAGUAUACCACCUUGUCUACCACAAAGUCAUUCUUAUUUGGAAAAACUUUUCCUCGAACGCAUUUUUAUCAAAGGCUCUUAUGCUCUUCUAAAAGGAUUAAUAUGUGGAUGGAAACAACUGAAAAUGUUGGAUCUACAUCUGAAUGAUCUCAGUGAUGAAAGCUUACCCUCUUGUCUAUGGCAUAACAACUCUCUGCUUGAAGAGCUUCACCUGUCCUCAAAUAAUUUAAAAGGUUCACUUGGCUUCACAGCAGCAGGGCUGUGUAAACUAAGGAAGUUACGACAUAUUGACCUUACCAUGAACUCAAUAGAUGACAUCCACUGGCCAUGUUUGAGCCAAUUGAAUUCUUUGCAGACUCUUUAUCUUGGGCAAAACCAAAUAUCAGGCACCAUUCCUCCUUUGAUUUCUAAUCUAACUUCUCUUGUCAAGCUUGACCUUUCCAAUAAUAAGUUGGAUGGAGUGGUCUUCUUCUCCAUGUUUGCAAAUCUUUCAAAACUUGAACGCAUUAACCUUUCAAACAAUAGAGAGUUAGAAGUUGAAACCGAGUUCCCCAGUUAUUGGGUUCCAUCUUUCCAACUAAAUUCCUUGCACUUAGGAAGUUGUAAGCUCAAUAUGCGUACUCAUGGUAACAUACCCCACUUCAUUUCCACCCAAUACAGCCUGGAUGAUUUAUCUUUGUCAUAUAACUCUCUUCGAGGAACAGUUCCAUCUUGGCUGUUUUAUAAUGCUACUCCACAUUUUUACUCAUUGAUCUUGAAGGGUAACCAUUUACAUGGGCCACUUCCUCUGCCCUUAAGAAAUGAAACAUCAAUGCUAGGAUAUCUUGACAUCUCCGAUAACAACAUCGAAGGGCAACUUCCUAGAAACAUCGAUGUGCUUUUCCCAUAUUUAGCAUUCUUUAACAUGUCUACAAACAAACUUGAAGGCUGCAUCCCACCCUCGUUUGGCAAUUUAAUUAGCAUUGCUACAUUAGACUUAUCAAACAAUUCCUUUGUAGGCGAAGUACCUCAUAGAUUAACUCAGAAUAACUCUCGGCUGUUAUUUUUAAGCUUAUCAAAUAACCAUUUGCAUGCAAUGCCAAGAGUUUCCAAUGUGACAAAUCUACAAAUCUUAAGUCUUGAUGGCAAUCUCUUCACAAAACCCAUCUCAAUCACUCCAUCAAGUGUUCCUAGUCUCCAAAUUCUAGACCUAAGUAGGAACUCCAUAUCUGGCAACAUCCAAGAUUGGUUGCAUGCUUUCCCAUACAUGGUCUCGCUCCUUAUUAGAGAAAAUCAUUUUGUUGGUUCCCUUCCAGCAUCAUUGUGUCAAAUGCAACGGUUAUGUAUUUUGGAUAUGUCAAAUAACCAUCUAUUUGGAAGCAUACCUCCUUGUGUCAACAACAUCACCUCAUGGCUGGAAGAAUCUGUAUAUCUGUUUUUUGGAGACUCAUGGUCUAAUGGCGAAGAAGAUAUUGUCAAAGUAAAUUUUGCCACAAAGGGACAUUUGUACUCAUAUGAAGGUCUUCCUCUUUACCAAAUGACUGGGAUUGAUUUAUCUCAAAACCAAUUAACCGGUGAUAUUCCAUCUCAGUUAGGAGAGCUAAGAGCCCUGCAUUCAUUAAACCUUUCUCACAAUUCUCUAAUUGGCUAUAUUCCAGAAUCCUUUCAAGGGUUGGAAAAUUUGGAGAGUUUAGACCUCUCCAACAACAAGUUAGUGGGAAAGAUCCCUUCUCAAAUGAUUCAACUCUCUUUCCUUUCCGACUUCAAUGUGGCCUUCAAUCAACUCUCAGGAAAGAUCCCAUAUGAGAACAAUUUUGCUACUUUCACUAUGGAUAGCUACAUUGGCAAUCAAGGACUUUGUGGACCUCCAACUGAAGUCAAUUGUUCAUCACCUCAACCACAGCAUCAUGAAUACAAGAAAAUUGAUGAUGAUGAACAAAGUCUGAUCGACAAUGACUUAUUUUUCUAUUCGUAUGUGGUUCUUUCUUAUGCCUUGGGAUUUUGGAUUGUUGUUGCUCCCCUUCUUCUCAGCAGAAAUUGGCGCAGAAAGUACUACAGAGUUGUGGAUAAAUGCAUUGAUUGGUGCAGCGAUGGGCUCUUCUGGUUCUUGUUUUAUAUCAAAAAUUGUUGGAAAUUAUUUACCUCUAAAAUAGAGCAAUAAGG